AUGAAUUUCUACCUGUAUUUAGCUUCCCUAUACUUGGGAUUAGUGGCUGCUGCUCCACAAUAUGACCAAGCUUUAGAUUCUCAGUGGGACCAAUGGAAGGCACAAUAUGAGAAGACCUAUGAAGUGAAUGAAGAUAGUUGGAGGAGAGCAACAUGGGAGAAGAAUUUGAAAAUGAUUGAAGCACACAAUUUGGAGUACAGCACUGGCAAACAGAGUUUCCAGAUGGGAAUGAACAAGUUUGGUGACAUGACCACUGAAGAGUUCAAACAAGUCAUGAAUGGCUAUAACUCCAGUGGAUUACAGAGCAGGACCAAUGGAUCUCUACUUCAUGAACCUCUCUUUGCACAGAUCCCUGAAUCUGUAGAUUGGAGAGAGAAAGGCUAUGUAACUCCUGUUAAGAAGCAGGGUCGGUGUGGUUCUUGUUGGGCAUUUAGCGCCACUGGCGCCAUUGAAGGUCAGUGGUUCCGUAAAACUGGCAAACUUGUUUCACUUAGUGAACAGAACUUGGUUGACUGCUCUGAAGACAACAAUGGCUGUGAUGGUGGUCUCAUUGACAAAGCCUUCCAAUAUGUGAAGGAAAAUGGUGGCAUUGAUACAGAGGAAUGCUAUCCUUAUGUUGGAAAGGAUAGCUAUUGCAAAUACCAGCCAGAAUGCUCUGGUGCUAGUGUCACUGGAUUUGUAGACAUUCCAUCUGGGCAAGAAGGAGCACUCAUGGAGGCUGUAGCAACCGUGGGGCCUGUCUCAGCAGCUAUUGAUAGUUCAAAUCCAUCCUUCAGGUUCUAUGAGUCUGGUGUUUAUUUUGAACCACAGUGCAGCAGUUCACAACUGGAUCAUGGUGUGCUGGUUGUGGGCUAUGGUGCUGAGGGAGAAAGUGGAAAGAAAUACUGGAUUGUCAAGAACAGACCCUCUGUCUUCACCAUCAGGGCCCCCAUCAAGCCCUCUGUACCUCACCCUCUCCAAAUAUGGGCCCCUCCCAUAACUCACCCAUCUCAUACCCAACAGGGCACCCCUUAUCAUUAUACCCAGGAUUUAAGUCAGGCUGAUGGGAAAACAGCAGUGAACUCCCAACUGCCCUUAUAUCAGGUAGGACCUGGAAUGGAAACUGAUACUUCCCCUUGUGACCUGUCAGCCAGUCAUAGGAAACAGUCUAUGGACAGGCCCUUCAGGUCUCCUAGCCUUCAGGAUCGAGCAUUCCCUGUGGACAGGCACCUGCAGACCCUGUGCCCACAGCCCCUUCCUCUUCCUCCCAGGGAUUCUGCACCCCUUAUCAGCUAUGAAGAAGCUAGAGAAGACUGA